AUGUUGUUCAAAUCGCUCGUUCUGGCUGCGUUGGCUGCCACCGCCUUGGCCCAGCCUGUCCAACAACACCAGCACCACCAGCACGCCAAAAAGGACCAAAUCACCCACACCGUGAUUGUCACCGCCGGCGCCCCUGCUCCUUCUUACGCUGCCGCCGUUGAGGUUUCCUCUGCCGCUGGCUCUGCGCCAGCUGCUUCUGCUCCAGCUUCCUCUGGUGCUGCUCCUGUUGCUUCUGGCUCUUCGUCCAGUUCUUCUUCGUCUUCUAGUUCUUCUUCCGGCUCCGGUUCUUUCUCCGGCGCUGCCAAGGCUAUCACCUACUCGCCAUACGCCGACGACGGCUCCUGUAAGGACGCCGGCACCGUCAAGUCCGAGCUUUCCAAGCUUUCCGGCUUUGAGGUGAUCAGAAUCUACGGUGUCGACUGUAACCAGGUGCCAAACGUUUUGGCUGGUUUGUCCUCUGGCCAAAAGAUCUUUGCCGGUAUCUACAACACCGACAACAUCUCUGGCGACAUUGAGACCUUGGCCUCGGCCGUCAAGAACGCCGGUGGCUGGGACAUUGUUGACACUGUCUCUGUUGGUAACGAGUUGGUGAACGGCGGCCAGGCCACCGUGUCGCAGGUUGCCGGCUACGUCAAGGAGGCCAGAUCCGCCUUGUCCUCUGCUGGCUACAACGGCCCAGUUGUCGCUGUCGACACUUUUAUUGCUGUCAUCAACAACCCAGGUCUCUGUGACUGCUCCGACUACAUGGCUGUCAACGCCCACCCAUACUUUGACGGUGGUGUCACUGCCGAGGAGUCUGGUGAGUGGGUUUUGCAGCAGUUGCAAAGAGUCUCUUCUGCUUGUUCCGGCAAGAAGGUUUUCAUCACCGAGACCGGCUGGCCUACCCGCGGAAACAGCAACGGUAAGGCUGUUCCUUCUCAAAGCAACCAGGCUGCUGCUCUUUCUUCCAUCUCCGAAACCUGCGGCAACGAUGUCACUUUCUUCACUGCUUACAACGACAUGUGGAAGCAGGACGGUUCUUGGGGUGUUGAGAAGUACUGGGGUAUCUACUCUGAGUAA